AUGGGAGGAAGUUCAAUAUGGAAGAAGUUCAACAUAGAAGUAAGUUCAGCAUUAGAGGAAGUUCAACAUAGCAGGAAUUUCAACAUAGAAAUCAACACUCUUGAUAGUCUUAUAUGUAACACUGAAUACCCAGAGUACAUGAAAAUCUUCUAUUUCAAGGAUCAAAUUUGCUGCUUCAUCACUUCGCCAAAUUCCGAGCUUCUUUCCAAGAAAAUUAUACAGUUCGAGAAAGAAGAUUAUUAUGGACACACAGCCAUUGGAAUCCGAGUGAACGCGUCCCUGAAGCAGUGGGUGAAGGAGCUGCGGGUCCUGUACGAGGCCGAGUGCAUGAACACCCUGCAGUCGAAGUCGGUGCCCCGGGAGACGGCGCCCCCUCACGACCCCCCGGCGCACUCCACGCGGGAGGCAGUGGGCGCCAUCCAGCUCCGGGCGCAGGACGUCUCCACGGAGUUCGCUAAAUUGUGCCAGCGUCUGGAGUGGCUGGAGCUGGACCAGGUGCCCGUGCUGGCCAAGUCCCUGGUGUGCCACAUCAACACCUUCCUGAAGGACUACACCACGCAGUGGACGUCCGCCGAGCCGGACUUCCAGCCGCAGUCGUCGCUGGGUCGUCAGAGCAAAGUCAUCGAACAGAUUUGCCAACGACUCACGGACGUGUGCGGCGACGACCACACGCGGGAGGCGGACGAGCAGGACACGACCCGACAGGUGGUGCAGGUGGUGACGGCGCUCGGCCACGCCUUCACCAAGCUGGUCGACCUCAUGAUCAGCCGCGAAAUUAAGAUUGUGAUCCGAUCCCUCGAGGACGACUGCAGCUUCCAGGACGCGAGGGACGCCAUCACGAGCCUGACGGCGAUGGGCGCGGACGGGGGGCACAUCUGCCGCCUCAUCGCUCGACUCGGGGGCGUGCGGGCGCUGCUGGGGAUCUGCCUGGAGUCGCGGGCGGGCGUCGUUCGCGUGGACGCCCUUCGCGCUCUGGCCACCGUGUGCUGUGUCGUCGAGGGGAUCCUGGAGCUGGAGAAGCAACAACCAACCGUUUCCUUCGUGUCCAGGCGGGGGCGUGGAGGUGGUGGCGGAGGUGCUGUGCGACGAAGCGUCCCCCGAGGAGGAGCGCAGCGAGGCGGCGGCGUGCUGGCGCAGGUCACGUCGCCCUGGGUGGAGGACAACCACCGCCUGGCGGGCCUCCACGACAACAUGGACGCCAUCGUCGCCGCCCUCACAGGCCUCGCUCGCUGCACGGAGACGCCCGAGACCUUCCUGCUCGCCUCCGCCGCCCUCGCCAACCUCACCUUCCUGGACAGCGACUUCGUGGACGCCAUGGUCGCCGCCGGGACCGCCCGCGUCCUCCUGCGGGCGGCGCGCGGAAGCCUCGCUCACUCCAUCUUCACCAAAGACCAGAUCGCGACGGUGCUGGCCAACCUGGCGGGCUCGCGCGGGGCGGCCGAGGAGGUGGUGGCCGCGGGGGGCGUGUCCGUCCUGCUCGCCCUCCUCAACACGCGCCCCGCCCCCUCGCACCGCCUGCCGGAGGUCGCCACGGCGGAGCGCGUCCAGCAGAAGUCCGCCAUCGCUCUGUCCAGCUGUGAUGAUCGGGCUGUAGAGAAGCGCGGUAUCACAAACUCGAUGCUUCUCUUCCGGGUCAAGAAAUUACAUGAAUCUGAGUUCGUAUCGAAGAACACAUCUCUUGGGGUUUGUGUAGAGAUCUACCACGUCUCUAACUAA